GUAGUAAUCACAUAACAAUAGUUGAAUACAACUAAACUAUCAACGCAUUGAUCCAUCUUUCUUUCCUCUCUUGUUUUCGUUUUCUCUUUAAAAUCAUCAUUUUCGUUCUCCUUUGUUCACUUGCUCCCUCAUUGACCGCGUGUGUUUUCUUACACCCGAACGUUUGAAGACCACACCCCCAAGAGUUAAUCUUUAAUUCACAUCUCCAUCGCUCAUCUAUCUUAUUUUUAACUUAUACAUUUAUACUCAUCAUUCAACAUGGCCGAUGUCGAGAGUGCCCCCGAAUUCGCACCUUCUAGCCCCAUCACAACUCAGAAGUCAGAGAAUGCUGAGAGUGCACCUUUAGAUGUUACCGAGACGCAGCUUCAAACCACUAACAGCACACCUGCAUCCUCCAGUUUACCUCAGCAGCAGGAUGCUGAAGUAGACAAUGAAGCUAUUAUGGAUAACAUUGAAGGAGGGGCCGCUAUUCCAGACAAAGCCCAGAAGAUACCCCCAGCAAAGUCUGCAAUCCCAGCACGACGCACCUCCACUGCUACUGCAACCACUGCUGCUACUGCUACCACCAAGGCCAAGGGCACGCCUGCUGUUAAGGCGCCCGUCAAAUCUGUGGCAGCAUCUAGCACCAACACCAAGACUGCGACGACAAUCAAGGCUGGAGCCACAGGAAAUUCUUCAGUCGCCAAAAGAAUCAACACUCCUAGCACCACCCCUACCGCUGCUGUGAAAAAGGCUCCAGCCGUUGCUCCAAGUACCACUGCUUCGAGCAAGGUCACUGCAACCGCUCGUCGUCCAACUGCCUCUGCCUCUGCAAUCUCAGCUACAACAAAGGCCACUACUACCACUAUCCGACCUACCCCUGUCAAACCUGCUGCCAGCCCUGCAACAGCUAAAACCACUUCUACAGCAACCCGUGCUCCAGCCAAAGCUGCCACUGGCUCAAUGACAUCACGUACUCCUACCAAAUCUGUACCAUCAGCCUCCAAGACUGCUAGCACCACCGCAACUAAGGCUGGUAUCGCACCAAAGGUUCAUUCGAGCCGGGGCAGUAUUUCUCCUGUGGGUAGUGUACGCUCCGUAAGGUCAGGUACCCCCACUGGUUCUGAAGCGUCUGAGCUGAAAAAAGAACUUGAUAGUAUUCGUGAGAAGUACGAAGAGGCUACAGCCGCGUUGAAGAUCAAGGAAGAGGAGCUUGUUGCUUUACGAGGACAGCUUGAGAGUGGCUCGAGCUCACAUGCGGAUGCUAUUGCUGACACAGUUUCUAGCGACGGAGGAGAAACUGUUGUACCUGAAAUUGAUUUCUCAAAGAUCGAGCCACAGAGUCAGGCCAUUGUUGCAGAAGCAAUCGCAGCCAAGGAGCAAGAAAUUACUGCUUUGAAGAACGAAGUUGAGAGCUUAAGCGGACUCGUUGAGAAAUUGCGUACCGAGCAUGAGGCCAAGAUCAAAGAGCUGACAGAUAGACAGGUCGAGAAGGCUGCAGCGCAGGAGAUGGAGCUGGCUUUGCUCCAUCAAGAGCUUGCAGAAUACACAAAAAAGUACGAAGAGGUUACAGAGCUUCGUAAGAAACUUGAAGAAUCUCAGGCUUUACACUCAUCUACUCUUGAGGAGCUUAAUAGAAUCCAUGAAGAUAAGCUUCAGAGCCUUGAAAUUGAACUGCAGGCAGCAAAACAAGAGCGCUUUGGAGCCGAAGAUGACAAUAUCAAAGAAAAGUAUGGGAAGGACCUGGAAGAGCUUCGUCUCAGUCACCAGAAAGAGCUUACCCAACUGUCGUCAGAUCACAAAAAAGAAUUGGAUAGGCUUAAGGAACAGCUUGAAGAGAAAAUUGAAGAAGCAAAAGAACAGGUUGAGACUGAAUUGCGCGAGCGGCAUUCCAAGGAGCUGAGCGAUGCCUUAGCUGCACAUACUGCAGCCCUCAAUGAGCGUGCAGGAGCAGAGUCAGGAGCGAUCGAGGCGAUCCAGAAGAAGCACAACCAGGACCUCGCUGAUCUGAGAGAACUGAUUGAGGCUGAACAUAAAGCUUACAUUGAGUCUGUGCGAGGCUCUCACCAGACCGAGCUGAACAAGCUACAGGAGGAACAUACGGCACGCAUCAGUGAACUGGAGGGUGAACUGAAAGCACUGCAGGAGAAAUGUGACAGUGAGAUAUCUGCUUCGAAAGCAGUAAUCAAUACAGAUGUUGAAAGCUUGAAGGCUGCCCACGCUACCGAGCUAGAAACCCUCAAAGCGAUCCACGCGGAAGAACUCAAUACACUGGAGAAGACUACUAAGGGCAAGAUGCAAUUGGAAUUAAGCGCUGUUGAAGGCAAGUUCGCGGAAUUUAAGGCAGAUGUGGAGAGCAGUCAAAAUGCAGAACUUAAGAAGCUUGAGACCAAUUAUGAGGCACGCAUUAUGGAGCUAAGUAAAGAGCAUGAGAACAGGAUCAAAGAACUGCAGGAUGAGGCCGACGAACAGGUUCAAAAGGCUGUUGAACAGGUUAAAGGCACGUUUGAAGAUGAUCGUCAGGAACUGGAUGCUGCUCGUGUAAAGGAACUUGAGGAUCUUAAGCAAUUACAUGCUUCAACCAUUAAGGAUUUGGAACAGCAACUCGCCAAGGCUGAAAAAGCUGCCAAGGAGGCUUUAGAGAAUUCUGAAAGAAUCCGAUCCGAGCUGCAAUGCGAAUUGUCUGCAACCAAGGCCGAGGCUCAGGCAAAGGUAGAUGCCGCCAAAGCCUCUCUUCAGGAGCUUGUUGCGAAACACGAGGCUGAGAACCAUGGCAACACAGAUUCUGGAUCAGCCAUCCACUCAGAGGAGUUGGAGGCCCUUCGUGCUAGUCAAGAAAAGGUUAUAAAGGAAGCUCUUCAAAAGGAAGAGGAAGAACUUUCUGCCAAGCAAAAAGACCUAGAGGAAGAGCUGGAGUCACUUCGAGUAAGUCUUUCUGCUGCCCAGAAGGAUCGUGACGAGACUAUUGCAGCUGCAGCGUCCAAGGAAUCACAACUUAAAAAUGAGCACAGUAGGAUGUUGGAUAAGCUUGAAAAAGACUACAAGAACCAACUCGAAGAACUGAAGGCGUUAAAUCGUGACCAUACCGAAAAUAUGUUUAAAAUGCAGGAGGAGCAGAAUCGAGACCAUGAGACCCGUCUCCAGCGCGCGUUAAUAUCUCAUCAAGAAGAACUGCAGGGAUUAAAAGAGCGAUACAAAGUUCAAUUGGAGGGUAGAGAAAAGGAAUACAAAGACCAGGUCUGGGCGCUUGAGGAGAAACUCAAGGCAGUGGAAGCCGUCGCUGCCAAUGCCCAGGAUAGUAUGGCUCUUACUGCAGAGUUGGGAAGAGUUACUAAGGAACUUCAGGAGCUCAAGGGCGAGAAUGAACAACUUACUAAAAUGAUGAACCAGCUUCAGGAUUCGAUGAUGACUCGUGCAUAAUUAAAUACCUUGUCUAUCAUGACUAGCAAUAUUGGAAGUUAC